AUGGCGAUCUCGAAGAAGAGUAAGCAAAAGCCCAGAUCUCGAGUCCUACUUCUCGUGAUCACGGCCAUCGCCAUUGCUUGCUUCUGGCUUCUCUACUCCUCAUCCAUCCCUAGCUUGGGGUUCUCCUUCUCGUCGCCAGCGGCAGCGGUGAAUUGGGUGGAGAAUGGGACGCGGGAGAAGGAGGAUGGGAUGGGCUCGAGCGGAAAGUAUUUUGUACUGGGGAACAGGGUUGAUUGUCCCAGGAAGCAUUGCGAUUCUUGCGAGGGGUUGGGGCAUCAGGAGUCCAGCCUCCGUUGCGCCCUCGAGGAGGCAUUGUUCCUUAAGAGGGUGUUUGUGAUGCCUUCAAGGAUGUGCAUUAACCCAAUUCAUAAUAAGAAGGGGAUCCUUCACCACUCUAGCAAUGCGACUUCGGAAGAGAGAUGGACAGCCAAUUCUUGUGCAAUGGAUUCUUUAUAUGAUUUGGAUCUCAUAUCAGAAACUGUUCCAGUGAUCUUGGAUAACUCAAAGAUGUGGUAUCGUAUACUAUCAACAAGCAUGAAGUUGGGAUCUCGGGGGUUGGUUCAUGUGGAAGGUACGGAUAAGGUUGAUCUUAGAGACAACACUAUUUACUCAAACGUUUUGCUGAUAAAUCAUACGGCAAGUCCACUUUCAUGGUUUAUGGAGUGCAAAGAUCGAAACAACCGCAGUUCUAUCACUCUGCCAUACUCAUUUCUCCCAAAGAUGGCUGCAAGAAAAUUAAGAGAUGCUGCAGAUAAGAUUAAGGAACUCCUUGGUGAUUAUGAUGCCAUUCAUGUGAGAAGGGGGGAUAAGAUAAAAACAAGAAAAGAUAGAUUUGGAGUUGAUCGGACCCUUCACCCUCAUUUGGAUAGAGAUACACGACCUGAAUUUAUUGGAAGAAGAAUUGAGAAAUGGAUUCCCAAGGGACAUACACUCUUCAUUGCUUCAAACGAGAGGACACCUAGCUUCUUUUCACCUCUUUCUGACAGAUAUAGGCUGGCAUAUUCAUCAAAUUACAGUGACAUCCUGGACCAGGUGGUAGAAAACAAUUAUCAGCUGUUCAUUAUUGAGAGGUUAAUUUUAGCUGGUGCCAAAACCUUUGUCCGGACAUUUAAAGAAGAUGAGAAUGAUCUCAGCCUUACUGAUGACCCUAAGAAGAACACGAAGAAAUGGCAAAUACCAGUUUAUACCAUUGAUGGUGAAGGAAGUUAAACACGAUCCUUGAGAAGCUCAAAAUUUCUGCUGUUCUAACUGUUAAUUAUAAUCUGGUUCGUGAGCAGCAAACCAAGAUGCAGUCUCCUGCCACAACAUCACUGAUACCAAAAUUGACUUUUUAGAGUGCAAAUAGAUGAAGUGAAAAUUUAUAGGUUACCAACCAGAGAAGCCGAGUUGUUUUCUUCUACACAAAGCGCAUUAAAAAGCAUCAUUUUAAGCACAAGAAUUCGCCAUUGCAUGCCAAACCUUUUUAUGUUGGUGAAAUGCCGGUGUUCAGGGGCGACAAGCUACUGCAUUAUGAACUCGGGGUUGAAAUUCAUGUGAUAUCAGAUGUGUGACAUGUCUGCACAUCCUUUUGUACUAGUUUCUGAUUAUAUUUUUCUCUGUUUUUUCCAAGUGAAAGAUAGAAACAUUAUGUUGUUGAAUGGGCAAUGAACAUUUGCAAGUUUGGUUUUA